AGAAAACCCCAUGAGAUCUGACAGGCGACUCCACUCCUGGUCACGUAAAAGCUUGGGAUGGAAACCACACCACUUGAUUCGAUGACAGACCUUAUGAUCUAAAGAAUAUUCGUUCAUCACCACAACCACCAUCACCACAACCACCCAGUCAAUCGCACGACUACUCAGUCGAGUCACACUCAACAUUACUAAACAUUCGAAGCUCGGUUGAUUUAUAACAGGAUAGUAUUAUAUAUAAAUAGUGAUUGAAGCAACUUGAGUUUAUCUAGAAUCGGAUCAUUACCUGGACACCAACAGAGUCAAGAUGAAGGAGUUUAUUUUACUAACCGUGUUGGCCUUGAUAUCCUACCAUACAACUCUUUCAGCCGAAGAUGUUGUGUGUAAGCUGGACAUUGUGGCGGUUGUUGAUGGUUCAGAUAGUAUCGACCCAGACGAUUUCGAAAAAGUGAGAAAUUCGUUGAAACAUUUUGUUGCCAAGCUGGCAGAGGACACAACCGAUUUUCAAUUCGGCGUGGUUGUGUAUAGUUCUGAUAUUGGCGAUGUUAUCCCACUGUCUCGAGAUGUUGAAGACCUGGAGAGUAAAAUCGGUGAUCUGGUUCAUCCACAGGAUGGCACCAGAACUGAUCUGGGGAUUGCAAAGAUGGCGCAGUUGUUACGAACUCGUGAAGACACGCCACGUAUUGGUAUAGUGAUUACAGAUGGAGCAUCUAAAGACCAGGAAGAAACACAAAGACAAGCGGAACUUGCCAAGGACUUGAAUAUCAAUAUGUUUGCUAUUGGUGUCGGCACAAAAAUAGACACAACAGAAUUGGAUGGAAUCGCGUCCAAGCCGGAACAAUCUUUUGAAAUUGAAGACUUCGAUGACCUUGCUGCAAUAGUUGCCAACUUAAAAAUGUGUCCAACUACAACAACAACAACAACGACAACAACGACGACGACAACAACAACUACUCCUGCUCCAACCACCCCCUACAACCCCGGACCAUGUGACGGUUGUAAGAUGAGGAACGGUAUUGGAUACAACCCCCACGAGGAAUGUGAUAAAUUCAUCCAAUGUGAAUUUAAGAAUAAUCAACGUUUGCUGAGGUUCCACGUAAAACAAUGUCCAUUUGGAACUUUCUGGGACCAAGACAAGCUGACGUGUAAUUAUGCUGGAAAGGUAGCAUGUGCUAACGAUCGAUGUAAAACACUUGGUGUGAAAUCUUAUAAAACGACAGGAAACUGUGCCCAGUAUUAUAAAUGUGUUAAUGGCGUGUCCCAUGUAAAGAGAUGCCCUACAGGAUUCUCCUACUCCUCCUACAAUAAUUGUGUCAUAGACCUUACCUGCGUAUCAAGUGGAACAGGCGGCAUCACUGAACAUGUAUGUAAUUACAAGGCGAGAGUGAAUGAUCCAUGUCACUAUGAUUGGGUUGAUGGCCAACGAGUACAUAAAAUGCCAUGUCCACCGGGAACAACGUAUAACCCUGGAUUGUGUCGAUGUGAUACUGCCUCUAAAACCUCAUGUUCAGUUCCAGCCACAUGCAAGCCAAUUGUCGACAUUGAUUUCAACACAGCCGAGCCAGGAGAGUACGACAACUAUGGUGCCGUCAUAAAGAAUGGUCAUGCGUACUUCGAUGGUAAGAGCAACAUCAAGAUACUUCGAUUGGCCAACGUAGACUUCAGAAAUAAGCUCACCAUCAAAGUCUCUUACAAACCUCAAUUCCCAGAUGAUGUGAGCGUUACGGAGGCUGUCGUUACCAAUGGUGAUUGUGGGGAGGAUGCGCCAAUAGUGAUUGCAAAUAAGGGUCACGAAACUCAAUUCAGCCUUGAGAAUCAAGCGAAAACAUUUAGUAAAAUGAGUCGUGAGUCAGUGGCAAGCUGGAAAGACGUAGUUUAUCAGUUUAACCAUGGUACGUUUAAUGGUAUAGUUGGUACAAACAAAGCCACAUCAGCAGUUCAGGGUCAGAUAAUGAGAUCACAGUGUGCCUUCCAGUUGGGACAUGGCACGGGAUUCUCCGAUUUCCGUGGAUGGAUUGAUUACAUCACCGUAUCCAUGUGUUAAAGUGAUGGAAUAGGACUGACCUCGACAUGGAAACUUUUAUUUAUAUCUUUUAUAUAUAUAUAUAAUAUAUAAAAUAAUCUGCACACGGAUAUAUAUACAAUGAUUAGCAAUUCAUUCAAUUUGAUUAAAACAUAGAUCGUAUUUCGUUUAUGAUUCCGUUAAGGAUUCAAGGAUCGACCGAUCUAUUUUGAUACAACUUUAGUCUUAUAACUAUUUUUGAAAGAAUUCAAUAUACAUUUAGGAUUUACUUUACCAAACUUCUGUUAAGACAUAAGAUGGCUUUAUUCUAAUUUAAAAGAUAUCUUUAUUCUAUUUUCUGUGUAUGCAGUUAGAAUACAAUAUACAUUUAGGAUUUAUUUUACAAAACUUCCUGAAGACAUAAGAUGGCUUUAUUCUAAUUUAAAAGAUAUCUUUAUUCUAUUUUCUGGGUAUUUUAAUAGUUCGUAUGUAAUUAGACUGUGAGUGAAUAAACAUUAAAAAUUACAUUUUAAA